AUGAGCCUCAGCCUGUUUUCCCUCCAUUCAGGGACGGAUUAUGGGUUGUGUGGGCCCCUGGGCAAAACGUUCGCGAGAUAGGACACGAACAGCAAGCUAUUUCAUAAGGAUCGCGAAAUAAUUAUAUGGGAUUCUCUUUUGAUUUACUACCCUAUUGUAGAGAGGAAUUCAAUAACCUGGUUUAUUCUCAGUCAUUACGACGGCGUAGUGCGCGCUGCAUAUAGGCGCGCAUGCCGGUGCGCGCGUCGGGAUGCGCGCUGGCCAACCUGCGCGCGCGCUCGCUCGUGGACCUCCGUAUCUCACCGGCUCUUUCUCCUGCUCUGCUCCUUCUUCCUCUCUGCCUCCUCUGCUGACUCAGUGCCUUAAAGACGUCCAUUCCCCCGCUGCCAAAACACAACUGCGACGUUGUUUAGUAGCACAACGGUGAUCACUAUGGAUAAAACUGCAACUGCUUACAAGGAGAAGCUGAAGGAGCUGUCGUUUCUCCCUUUGAUCUGCUCCUGCUUCUACCCACAGCGUCGCAGCAGCGUAUCAUGUGACUUUGAAGACAUGGAGGUCAAGCCCAUCAACAUGAGAGUCUCUGGCCAGGCCUUUGAAGUCAUUCUGAAGUCACCAUCCCCAGUGUCGGACGCAGUCCACAGUCUCCCCUCUCCUCCUAAGAAGAGGGAUGUCUCUUUGGAGGACAUCCAGAUGAAGCUGGAGGCUGCAGAGGACAGGAGAAAAGCCCAGGAGGCCCAGGCGCUGAGGUCACUACAAGAGAAGCGUGAUCGUGAGAGGGACGUCCUACUUAAGGCCAUGGAGGAGAACAGCAGCUUCAGCAAGGUGACCGAGGAGAAGCUGACCCUCAAGAUGGAGCAGAGCAAGGAAAACCGUGAGGCCUACCUGUCAGCCAUAAUGGAACGUCAGCAGGAGAAGGAGAGACAUGCCAUGGACGUCCGCCGAAACAAGCAGCUGAUGCUGGUGCUGUCAGGGAAGAGCUGAGCUUGUCAACUACAGCUAUGACUGCGGCGUGCCGCCCACCCGCCAGCCCUCACCAGCCCCCCCCCCCGCCGCUACCGGACAGCAGACAAGGCACGUCUCUGCGCACAGCCUCAUCUCAUCCACGGCAUUAUUAGAAAUUAAAUUUUAAAACUAAAUAUCAAACACUUCUGGAAAGCAAAUACGACUCUUAUUUUGUAAAUAGUUUUUUUCUUAUUCAUAACGCAACGGACAUGUUGCUUUGUGCAGGUUUAUAAUUUUGUUAGUGAUGUAUUUGUGUAUAUCAGCUUUUCCCAAUCUGGUCCUCGGGGGACUCACAGUCGGUCAAUGUUUUUGCUCCCUCCGAGCUCCAUACCAGACAGUCCACAUUUUUGCUCCCUUGAGGGUGACUUCUGAGGGUCUCAGAGGACCGGACUGGGAAACACUGGUGUAUAUGAAUUCCCACUGGGGUCCAGGGCCUUGCUGAAGCUUAAUAUACUAUGCUGGCCCCAGGAUUCAAACUAGUGCCCUUCUGUACAAGAACACAGAUUCCCCUAGCCUGCAGAGCCAAACACUGUAUUGUUGCAGGUCUCUACCCAGUUUAGUGCCAUAUCCCAAUUCCUUCAUAGACAAUAAGCUUCCCAGUCAAUCAUUUGCAGAGAGGAUUUUUGGUAUGUGCUGUACUGGUUGCAUGGAAAUCUCUGCCGAGGUACCUUCUGUGUUGGAUGUGUUGGAGUCUCUUGGUUGUAUAUUUCUGUCUGAUACUUCCUGUUUGUCUUUUUUUCCAUGUGCACCCCCGUGUGCAACCCAUGUUGAAUAAAAGUUUGGGCUUCUGCAAA